AUGGCGCAGGUUGAAGAAAACACUCAUACUCCGGCAAAGAAGCCACCACCGAUGAGCAUUCUUGAAGUGGGUGGAGUUCCACUGCCAAUAUCAUCCAAUGAAAUAUGGGAUAAAAUCAGUAAGUUUGAAGCCAGGCCUGAUGAUCUCAUUCUAGCUACAUACCCAAAGUCAGGUACAACCUGGAUGCAAGAAAUUUUAGACAUGAUUCAAAAUGAGGGUGAUGUGGAGAAAUGCAAAAGAGCCAUCUCUUUAGACAGACAUCCUUUCAUUGAAUUGACAUUUCCUUUUAAGAAAAAAUAUGAUUUUGAGAUGGCUCUUGAGAUGCCCUCACCACGACUGCUCAAAACCCACUUGCCUUCACAUCUGAUACCACCAUCUGUCUGGAGACAAAACUGCAAGAUCAUCUAUGUGGCCAGAAACGCAAAGGACUGCCUGGUGUCUUACUACCACUAUCACAGGAUGACCACAUUAUUGCCUGAUCCUAAGAGCCUGGAGGAAUUUUGUCAGAAAUUUAUGUCAGGAGAAGUGGCAUAUGGGUCCUGGUAUGACCAUGUGAAAGGCUGGUGGGCUGCCAAAGACAAGCACCAAAUUCUCUACCUCUUCUAUGAAGAUGUCAAAAAGGACCCGAAGAGGGAAACUGAGAAGAUAUUGAAGUUCUUGGAGAAAGACAUCCCAGAAGAACUUCUGAAUAAAAUCAUCUGUUACACCUCUUUUGAUGUAAUGAAGCAAAAUCCAGUGGCCAACUAUACCGCUCUGCCCACCAGCAUCAUGGACCACCCUAUCUCCCCUUUUAUGAGAAAAGGGAUGCCUGGGGAUGGGAAGAGCUUUUUUACUGUGGCCCAAAAUGAAGAAUUUGACAAGGACUACCAGAAGAAGAUGGCAGGAAGCACCCUCACCUUCCACACAGAGAUAUAA